UUUACGUCACUGCAUUACAUUGAGCUUGAGGAAGCGAUUGAGAAAUCAUCGAGCUGUCGAACAUUGACAGUGUUUUUUUUUUCUGAUUACUUCAUUGUUUCGAAACGCGUGCCGUUAAACAGGUUAUUCUCAAAAGUGUCUGAAUUAGCUCGCCAGCUAUCUGACUGCACUGAGUUGCUGACAGGUGGCAGCGGUGAAGGGAUCAGCAUCUAGAGACCCCUGGAGCCUUUCUAGCGAUCCUCAUUGAUCCGCUGAGAGUACAUUGAUUGUGAAUGAUGGGGGCCCAGAGGGGCGAUGGACGCAGAGACUGGCUCCAGCAGGACUUCACCGAGCAGCGGAUCCAGACAGUGAAUCCCUGGAACAUCAUGAUCAAACACAGACAGGUGCAUCGCAGAGGACGGCGCUCACAGAUGGCGGUUAGUUAUACAGACCCUGUCAUUUCCAUGGACCUCCUGAGGACCGUACUGCAGCCCAGCUUCAAUGAAGACAUCCGUGCUGUGUUCAGAAAAUAUAUGAAGUUUUUUGAGAAGGCGGCCAGCAAUGUGAAAGAGAAUGUAGGAGGAGACGUCCAGCCCGACCAGCUCAUCAGAGACGCCUGCAGAAACUGCCUGGAACAUGCAAAGCAGCUCUUUCCUGAUACAGAGAAAAUGUCCCUGAAACCUAGUGCUGACCCAACACUGAAGCGUGCACGGCAGCCAGACGACACCUCAGGCCAAAGAGACAGUCCCAUCCCUAAAAAGAGGAAAGGUCGUCCUCCAGGUACCGCUGUAGACAGACCAGCCUCAUACAACACUGGAGCAAAACUCAAAAUAUCUGAGCCAAUAAAGCGAGAAGGACCUAAGUGGGACCCAUCCAGACUGACAGAGAGCAGCACAUUCGUUUUGGGAUCCAGGGCAAAUAAGGCUUUGGGGAUGGGCGGGACAAGAGGAAGAAUCUACAUCAAACAUGCAGAGCUCUUCAAGUAUGCCGCUGAUGCCCAGGACAAACACUGGCUUUCAGAAAGACAGCACAUGAGAGCCACCGGAGGAAAGAUGGCCUAUCUUCUAAUAGAGGAGGACAUUCUUGAUCUUGCCCGAAGUGAAGACUACAAGGACUGUCCUGAAUUGAAGCUGGAUGAAUUGAAACCAUUUCUAGUGCCAAUAUGGAUGGUGGAGAAGAUGCAGAAGGCAAUGGAAGCACAGAAAACAGAAAAUGAUCUUGUCAUUUAGUGCCACGCAAGUCGUUGGACCACGGACACUCUUGAGUGUUACCAGUUUAUCAUAACUGUAACUUUAUGUUGUUUAUUUUGUUUGUGCGAUGUUCAUAGAAGACCCAGGCAUUAUGAGCAAGUUGCCCAGAAAUUGUUGCGUUGGGGGUUUACUUGGCAAAUCAAAAUUCAACAUUUCAUUUCACAUGCUAUUUUCUAAACUUGUCUAGAAAUGUGAUUUUCUGAUUUCUGUCAACAAAUGUGUUUUUUUUUUCAUGACUUUGUAUUUAAAAGACUUGAAUAUCUAAUGAGGCACAUAUAGAGCCUUAAUGGUUUAAAAAAAAAUACUGUGGUUAAUGGACAUUUUGUAUGUUUGUGUGUUUCUCAUGAUUUAUACCCCAUUUUUAUGAAAUGUCAUAUUUUCUUUAAAAUGUAGAUUAUCUAGUUAAUUAAUUUCCCAGGUAUGUCUCUUUUUAAAUAUUUUGCAUUGUUCUGAAAAACAAAAGCAAAGAAGCUACUUCUCUCACAGCAGAACUAUACAACGAGCCGUGAUGUUUUUACCUUAUAGUAUAUUUUCUAACUUAUAUAUGCUUGGUUUUUUAUUUUUAUUUUAUUAAAUGAAAAAAGUUUAAUUGGGUGAUUUUAUAGCUUAUUAAAAAUGUGUGGAGGUUGGUAUUUAAAUUAUUUUUUUUAAUGAAUUUCAUACCUGUUACACUCAUCUACUGUAUUUCAUAACUGAAAAUGUAGAACAGUUUAUUCAUGUAUGCAAUUAUAUUUACCAAUAAACAGUUUUGUGCUAAA